AUGCCAGGUAAAAAUGCGCGUCAGCGGACUAAAUCUGAAGCAAGUCUAGGUGGAAAGAUAACAGCUAAAUUCCUAAAUAAGAGGAAAAGUCAAGUGUUUAGCGCUGAAGAGGAGGAGAAGAAGGGUGCUAUGACACGUAUUGCUUCUGGCACCACAGCCACGGUCACUGGAGGCAGUGAUUCGUCUUCGGCACGCUCAGGAGCUACGAAGAAACCAGCGGGUUUGCGUUCUUCGAGCUCCUUUGGAUUCCUGGAUAAGCUCAGUCAGCGCAAACGUGUAGUAAGCUUACCGGCUACGGGUCAUGACAUACAGGCCCUCAGUGAUACGUCGUCAUCUGCCUUGCCACUUCUUUCAGACGAGGUGAAGAGAGUACAAUUUAGAGACAGGAAGAAGCUUAGAAAGUCGCAAGAAACGAUACAUAAAGUUCUCGCGCGUAAAGCCGAUUUACUUGAUUAUGCAAGGCGACCACCAUCCGGGAAACAAUUAUUCGACGCGAGUUGCUGCACACUAAUCGGUGAGGAUGGAUCAAGUGUUGUUUUCGGUAGUCUCUACAGCACCAGGCGGACUAUAGUCAUUCUGUUACGCCACGCAUACUGCAAUAUGUGUCAAGCGUAUGCCAAAACAGUAUCAGAAAUAGAUAGAUCGCUCCCGAUCGUUUUCAUUUUGCCAACUUCAUAUAAAGUUAUCGCGUCUUAUCGUCGUACAUUGAAGAUUCCCUUUCCAAUAUAUAGUGAUGUGACACGCUCAGUUUAUGGUAGUCUGGGAGUUAAGAUGCGUUCAAAUAAUCCAGGCACAGUUAAGGAUGUUGGAGGUUAUACACACAACCUAACCAGUUGGGAGGCUAUCUCAAUCGCUACCCGACUUACACCUACACAACCGGGUGAUACGAAGCAACUCGGUGCAGAAUUCGUACUUGGUCCUGGUGCACAGAGCGUGCAUUAUACACAUAGAAUGAUUACAACUCGCGGACAUGCGCCUAUCAAAGAUGUGAUCAGGGCUUGUAUGUCUUUCAUACCAACGCAAGCAGGCGCUCUGCGCGAACGCGUAUUAUCUUCUCCAGGAGCGUUCAAUUUCCCUAGUCCAGCCUCAGGAUCUAUUAACAGGCUUCCGCCUGGGGCUUCCCAUCCUUCAUUACCUAAUUUGCACGACGAGAGCCUCCUAGCGGAAGAGCAGCAUGAGGCGGAUACAAGUAGCUUGUUGGAGCUCACCCCGAGUGAUUUCCUUGGACAGACCCUCCCAACGCCUUCUCCAUCACUUGCUGCUGUAAGCAAUUACAUCGCAACGAGCGGACGGGAAGCGAUAACGCCAAACCUGACAACUACGGAGAAUUUACAUGUUGUUGAGAAGCCACAAAGACCACCAAGGAACUUUAGUAGACCAUCAAGUUUAUGGAUUAAGGAGGAUGAUGCGACGGAGCAACCCCCACCAUUGCCUACCCCCUUGCCAUAUCCGGGCAUAGGUACUGAUACGCCGAGGUUUAUAGAGACUGGAUUGCGCUCGCCUACCCCGCCAGCGUUAUCAAAUGGUGAUAAUGCGCUUGAUUCACCAGAUCACGAUUUCUUUGAGAUUUAUUCAAGUUAUGAUAAGGAGUUGUUUGCGGAUGAUAGUUACGUCUUCACUCCGAGCGCGACUUUCCAGUCAUUACGUGCUGCAUUCGACAGAGAAAUGGAUAGGACUCGUAAAGAAGAGAUGCAAAUACUAGAAGAAACUACCGAGAAGAGUAACAAUGGUGUGCAAGAAGAAAGCACAUGUUAUGUCCACCAAAAGACAGAGGAAAAUCAAGUAGAGACCAAAGCUGAGAAGUUCAAUGGUAUAGAAGGACAACUGACAGAUAAUCUCUCCGAAAUGGAUCUUCUCGAGCUCGACAAACUCGACAAAGAUAUCAACGAGGGUGUAAAACCAAAAGUCAGCCUCAAGAAACGCGGAUCAAACAUAUUGAGACGUAUAGAGAAUACAGCGAGAAGCCAACUUCAGAGUGUUUAUCCACAGAGUGAUUUUGACUCUAGCUUUGGUGUCAAUACCGUCAAUCGUUUUAAUAGUAUCCCACUCUGGAGACCUCGCAUUCGUUAAUUUGCUUAUUGUUCAUGUAAUUGCUUACUUAUGCAUUGUAAAAGUAUAAUCAA